AUGAACACACCACUUGUAACAUACACAAGACGAGUGUCAGCACAGCUCCAGACUCAUCUGUCACAUUCAGCUGUGACUAUGGGGAAGGCAUUCUCCCACCUCACCCAGCUGUCCGGGCAUGAUGACGGCCAGGACAGCCACCUCACGUCCCCCAUCGAGGACAGCAACACGGAGGAGACCAAGUCCGAGGACGUGUCACAAUUUCCCUACGUGGAAUUCACCGGCAGAGACAGCGUGACCUGCCCCACCUGCCAGGGCACAGGGCGGAUACCCAGAGGACAGGAGAACCAGCUGGUGGCACUGAUCCCCUACAGUGACCAGCGACUGAGGCCCAGGCGAACGAAGCUGUAUGUGACGGCCUCAGUGGCGGUGUGUCUCCUCCUCUCCAGCCUCGCAGUCUUCUUCCUCUUCCCUCGCUCCAUAGAUGUGUCCUAUGUAGGAGUCAAGUCUGUGUACGUGGCCUACGACCAGGAACGGAGGAGCGUGUAUCUCAACAUCACGAACACUCUGAACAUUACCAACAAUAACUACUACUCUGUGGAGGUGGCCAACAUCACGGCCCAGGUGCAGUUCGCCAAGACCGUGAUCGGGAAGAGUCGCAUCAGCAACAUCACGGCCAUAAGCCCCCUGGACAUGAAGCAGAUCGAUUACACGGUACCCACCAUCAUCGCGGACGAGAUGAGCUACAUGUUUGACUACUGCACUCUCCAGAGCAUCAAGGUCCACAACAUCGGUGUCAUGAUGCAAGUGACAGUGACCACCUCGUACCUGGGCCAUGCCGAGCAGGUGUCCCAGGAGAUGUACCAGUAUGUGGACUGUGGAGGCAACACCACGGCUGUGAGAGGGGCCUCCCAAACUUUCAGUGUCCCACAGAGCCCCCACUAA